CACACCAGGAAUGAAGAGAGCAGUGCGCCUCAAAACGGAACUUUUGCUUUUUGAGAGGAGUGGCGUUUUUUUAACCCCUUUUUAUCAGGUACUACUUGGGCAGUGAACGAAUUGUUUACAUCAGUUCAGUGGAAAGCAUCUGGCUGGCAGAGGAGACCCAACAUAACCGAAUUAAACCGCAGUUGCUGAAAAUGUUCUCUAAGGAUGGAUGUCUGGCUGUGUGUACAGUGAUAUUUAUUCUGUCAUCAAGUGAGGCUAGAGGUCCACCGUGGGUGAGUCGUCAGGUGGAGGAGUGUCAGACGGCCAGGCUGGGGCGGACGGUGCGGCUUGCGUGCCCCGUAGAGGGUGACCCUCCUCCUCUGGUGCUGUGGGUGAAGGAUGGGCGUAACGUCCACCCGGGCUGGAGCCGCUACCGGGUGCUAAAAAAGAGCCUGAAGAUCAAAGAGGUGGAGCUGGGGGACGCAGGGGUUUACAUGUGCCGCGUCACCAACGGCUUCGGAAGUAUCACUCUCAACUACACCCUCAUCGUCAUGGACGACACAGCAGCGAGCCAGACAGACACUCCACCUGCCGUAGUGGAACCCAAUGCUGAGCUCACCCAGCUUGACCCUACAGGAGAGCCCUGGGUGAAGCCUCGGUUUAGUCAGCCCACUAAGAUGCGCAGGCGGGUGCUGUACAAGCCGGUGGGCAGCUCAGUUAGGUUCAAGUGCCAGGCCAGCGGCACCCCUCCCCCCGUCAUCACCUGGUGGAAGGACCAGACCCAACUGCCACCCCCGCGCCAGGGCAAGCGCCCCCAGUGGACCCUCACCCUGAAGAACCUGCAGCCCCAGGACAGUGCCAAGUACACCUGCCAUGUCUCCAACCCAGCCGGGCACAUCAACGCCACCUACAAGCUGGAUGUCAUCGAGCGCUCUCAUUGCAAGCCUGUUCUGACCGGCACCCACCCGGUCAACACCACUGUGGAGUAUGGUGGCACUGCCUCCUUCCAGUGUAAGGUCCACAGUGACGUGAAGCCUGUGGUCCAGUGGCUGAAGAGGGUUGACGCAGGCACAGAGGACCGCUAUAACUCCACCCUGGAAGUCGGAGGGCAGCAUUUUGUGGUUCUGCCCACGGGGGACGUGUGGUCCCGGCCUGACGGCUCCUACCUCAACAAGCUGGCUAUUAUCAAGGCCCGUGAUGGGGAUGCUGGGAUGUACAUAUGCCUGGGAGCUAACACAAUGGGUUACAGCUUCCGCAGUGCUUACCUCACUGUGCUGCCAGACCCUCAGGUGGAGAACACAGUGACUCCUCCACACCUGAGCUCCGGCCUGCCCUGGCCUCUGAUUAUCGGCAUCCCUGCAGCAGCCCUCCUCAUCGUAGGCACCAUUGUACUCUGGCUGUGCCACAGCCGCCGACGCCACAACACCUUGCCACCCCGCCCCAUGACCAUGGUCCACCGAGACCAACACAUCUCGGACAAAGAGCCCAGCACCAACACCCCCUGUAAUGCCCUGAAUAGCCCUGACUACCCUAGCCAUAGACUGGUGGGCCUGGGAGCCCCAGUCCUUAGUGGGCCCCCUAAGAUUUACUCCAACGUUUACACAGACAUGCACUCGCACACACACUCCCACGCCCUUAUGGAUGGUAAGGUCCAUCAACACCAGCAUUUCCACUACCAGUGCUAACCAGCCCCCUCUCAUCCCACCCCACACCAACGGCCUUGUCUCCUAGCCACUGCUGCUAUUCUCACCCAACAAUGGACUAUGAGCAAGGUAGAUGGAAACUAGGAAAGGCUUGUAGUUCAUAUGAACUACACCUCCCAUGAUAAGCAGUGCUAAACCCUUACCUGGGAUACACAUAUUACUAAGCUGCCUGCUUUGUAGGAAUACCGCUUCAUUGAGAAGUCUCAGGGCAAGAAAUACCCUCUCACAUGUGUGCCAGAGUCAUUUCUUUAAUAUGUGUUUUUAUACUAGACAACCAAGAGCAAACUCUAAUUGUACUUUAAAGGAUGAAAAUUACUUACAAACAAUAUUUAGAUGUCUUUGGAUGCAUGUAGCCCUGGAUAAAUCAUGAAUUAGUUAAUAUGAGAUACUACCAGGUUUGGGUUCAAUUUAGGUCAACUGAAAUUUGAUUAAAGGUAUUCCAAUUUACACAAAUGAGCAUUUCUAAUAGAAUUAACCCCAACUCUGGAAUGUACAAUUGUAUUUUUUUUAACACAUCUCAACAUGUACCAGUAUCCAAACUCCCAAAGCAUUAAGUAAUAUAAGGAACUUUUAAGUUUGUGUAAAUUGGAAAAUUUAACUGUGACAAUUUAAAAUCUAGACAAAAUGUUUACAAAUGUGAAAGUUUUUCUAAUCUCAUUAUAGCAACACAAACUAUGCUGUUCUCGGUUCUGAUUAGGUGGUAUUAUUUUUCUUUCAUGUAGUGAAGUACAAUUCAUCAGGGAAAUUAGAUGGAUUGGGUGAUGAGGGCUUUUUUAUUUUUGUAUUCAGAUAUUGUAUAUGUAUCCAACUAAAACAAGCAGUAUUAUUAGUUGUAUUAUUCACCCUAUAUGUGUAAGAUGCCAAAUUAUUUUACAGCGCUAUAGAUGUGUAUUUUACUUACAUUUCUUGUGAGGUGUAUAUUUUUAUAUAAGGUACAUGAGGAUGAGUAUUGUACCUGUGUCUAUUGGUUUUUAAAACUCACCAAAAAGCUAUUUAGUUGUUUUUACUUUAUUCUUCUAUUUUUCUUUUGGUAACAACCAUUAUUCCAGAUUGGAUUGACGUAUGGGUCAUUUAGUGAAAAAUGACAAGUGUUGAUUGUAUUGUUACGUUGAAUUACAACUUUAUGCUGACCUAGUUGUCUCAUAUUUGAUUAAGAAUCUGACCAUAUGAUGUAUACUGUAUAUAAGAUAACGAUGACAAAGAAAAUGUAACAGUCAUUCCCCCUCAUGAUGUCAUAGGUCUAGUCCCCAAGUGGUUUAGAAUUGCAAUGUUGAUCUUAUGCAAUUCCUCUGUGAAACAUUGCAUGCUGCAACUCACCUCUGGUGCUCAUGUACAUUUAGUACUGUACAAUAAUAUUUUUGUAAUAAAAUGUUGUUUUUUUUAAUACUG